AUGAGCAGGAUCAGCGAAGUGGUGAAGCAGGCCCGCACUGCCUUCCAGUCAGGCCGGACGCGCCCGCUGCAGUUCCGGAUUCGCCAGCUGGAGGCGCUGCGGCGCAUGAUCAAGGAGCGAGGGCAGGACAUCUCCAGCGCGCUGGCCGCCGACCUGCGCAAGAAUGAAUGGGCCAGCUACAAUGAGGAGAUGGUGUACGUUCUGGAAGAGCUGGAGCACAUGAUCCAGAAGCUCCCUGAGUGGGCUGCAGAUGAGCCUGUGGUGAAGACCCCCCAGACACAGCAGGACGAGCCCUACAUCCACUCAGAGCCCCUGGGCGUGGUCCUCAUCAUUGGUACCUGGAACUACCCCUUCAACCUUGUCGUUCAGCCUAUGGUGGGCGCCAUUGCUGCAGGGAAUGCAGUGGUCCUGAAGCCCUCGGAGCUGAGUGAGAACAUGGCGAACCUGCUGGCCACCAUCAUCCCUCAGUAUCUGGACAAGGACCUGUACCCAGUGAUCAACGGGGGUGUCUCUGAGACCACAGAGUUACUCAAAGAGCGAUUUGACCACAUCUUGUACACGGGCAGCACAGCUGUGGGGAAGAUUGUCAUGACGGCUGCUGCCAAGCACCUGACCCCUGUCACGCUGGAGCUAGGAGGAAAGAGCCCUUGCUACGUGGACAAGGACUGCGAUCUGGACGUGGCCUGCCGACGCAUCGCCUGGGGCAAAUUCAUGAACAGCGGCCAGACCUGUGUAGCCCCUGACUACCUCCUCUGUGACCCCUCAAUCCAGAACCAAAUUGUGGAGAAGCUCAAAAAGUCACUGAAAGAGUUUUAUGGAGAAGAUGCCAAGAAGUCCCAUGAUUAUGGGAGAAUCAUCAAUGCCCGGCACUUCCAGCGGGUGAUGAGUCUGAUCAAAGGCCAAAAAGUGGCCCACGGUGGCACUGGGGAGGAAGCCUCCCGCUACAUAGCCCCCACCAUCCUCACAGACGUGGAUCCCCAGUCCCCAGUGAUGCAGGAGGAGAUCUUCGGACCAGUGUUGCCCAUCAUGUGUGUACACAGCCUGGAGGAAGCCAUCCAGUUCAUCAACCAGCGCAAGAAGCCACUGGCUCUCUAUGUGUUCUCCAGCAAUGACAAGGUGAUUAAGAAGAUGAUUGCAGAGACAUCAAGUGGUGGGGUGACAGCCAACGAUGUCAUCGUCCACAUCACCCUGCACUCUCUGCCCUUUGGGGGCGUCGGGCACAGUGGCAUGGGGGCCUAUCACGGCAAGAAGAGCUUUGAGACCUUCUCCCACCGGCGCUCUUGCCUGCUGAGGUCUCUGCAGAAUGACGAAGCCCACAAGGCCAGGUACCCGCCGAGCCCAGCCAAGGUGAGAAGCAGGAGGUGCUGCCAGGGAGUGGGCUGUGCAGGAUGUGGGCCAGGCCCAGGUGCUCACUGCUCCCUCCUGGUGCUUCUACAGAUGCCCCGGUACUAAGGACGCUGCUCCAUCAGGCCUGUCUGCGCUUGCUUACUCCUGUCUGCACUGAGAUGCCCUUGCUGACUCUCCUGCCUGUUGGAGAACUGCUUCUGGAGCCCCAACCUGGCCUUUUGUACCCCUCUGGCCUGUGCACGUCCCUGCCUUCCAGAUAGGCCCAGCCCUCUCCUCUACCAGUCCUCA